AUGUCGCUUAUUGCUUAUGCUGUUAUCUAUAUAGACCAGAUGUGGGUGAACAAUCUGGAUAUUACAAAUGCUUUGGCAAGCGAGACUACAAGAAUUAUUGUAAAUGACUUUGGACAUGGAUUGUUUGCUAUUUUAUGUGAUGAAUCUUAUGAUGCAUCAACAAAGGAGCAAUUGGCAGUUGUUAUACGUUAUGUAGAUUUACAUGGAUAUGUGAUUGAGCGUUUUCUUGGCAUUCUACAUGUAAGUGAUGCUACUGCUCUUUCACUUAAGAAAGCAAUUGAUGUUUUAUUUUCAAAGCAUGGUUUGAGCAUAUUACAAAUCCGUGGUCAAGGUUAUGAUAGUGCUAGUAACAUGCGAGGUGAAUAUAGUGGUUUAAAGACUUUGAUCAUGAAGGAAAAUGGUUCUGCAUAUUAUAUUCAUUGUUUUGCACAUCAACUUCAACUGUCACUUGUAGGGGUUGCAAAGAAACAUGUCCAAGUCUCUUCUAUGUAUAAUACAUUGUCUACCUUAGUGCAUGUUCUUGAAGAUUCAUCUAAAAGAUAA